CCGUUGGAAGACACGGCGGCGAUCCAGAGAGCUUCCAUGGAGUUUUCUCGAGGCCCGGCUUAAAAAAUGGCGGGCGAGCACUUCGAUUCAGCGAGCUUCAUAUUCAAACGCAUCCCCGAAAUCCAAUUCAAAGAAUGGUCCAUGGUCGCCAUCAGAGACUAUCCCUCACCCAACACUGACUCCUCCGUCUUCCCUCCAAUCAACCACGAAAAUCUCCACCGUCCAUCACAACCUGAUCAAAAGCACCCAGACCCAUUAUCGCCAUCCCCGUCGUCUCCGUUGCUAUCGUCGUCUUCGUCGUCGUCGCUGUCGUCAUUCUCACCGUCCGAUUCCGAUGAACCGGCCCCGGUUUCGCCGCUUCCGUCCGUUGCCCAGGUCCGGAAACCUGGCGAAUUCUCCACCUGGGUAGGAAUUGGAUUUGGGUUACUACGUUCCAAGCUUUCUGCUAUGGCUUCCUCAUCGGGGUUCGAUAAAGUUUGGAGCUUUGCCUCCGGCGCAGGAAUGGCGGGUGUGGUGUUCGUGUUAUGGUCCUUGUUCUUGCGGGCUCGGCGAAGGCGGUAUCGGAAUCGUUUGAUGUUGAUUGGCAAAGAGAAAGACGAGAAAAUUAAUAAACUGCUGCACCAAAUCGCUCAGAUGAACGAAGUUCUAGUCGCUCGGCAUAGAGUUCUGGCUUCGAAACUGGCUAAUUGAAUAGAGAAAUAUAACAUCUUUAGGUACUAGCUUGCUAUGAAUUUGUGAAAUUAGGAUUGACAGCGCAAUAACAGAGCUGCGAAACAUUGCAGUAGACUUGCAAUGGCGAUCUGAUGCUCCAGUCAUCUCUGAGGAGAGAGGACCGAUCUCAAGUUGAAGAUCGUAUAACGGAAAUGCCAGCACAAGUUUGAGCUCUGCAAACUAUUUCGGAGUGGAGAAAGCAAGUCUGGCAUCCGAUCUUCGAAGUUUCGAAGAAAUUGCGGAGAGACUUUGAUGCACAAUAUUCUUUAUCUAUGGAAGUCAGACAGUCUUAUUAGUUUGCUUACUUUUUAUAGUUCAUGGUUUAUGAACCCAGUUGAAAUAUCUUAGCUUGUGUAUAUCUGGUUUGGGAUCUUUAUGUGCAUGUGUAUUGACAGGUUUUCGUUUUAGAUAAAAGUUCAAGCUCA